AUGUCGAUUGAAGCACUAUCUGGUAAAGUUUUCUUAGUGAUAACCGGUGCAAGUCGUGGUAUCGGUCGUCAAAUCGCGAUAACAUUUGGUUCGCUACUGCAGGAGGGCUCACAUAUUCUUUUAUUAGCAAGAAACUUAAAUGGUUUAAAAGAAGUCGCGAAAAAUAUAUCAUCUAAAGUGACAGUUCAUACUGUUAGUAUAGAUCUUGGUAAAGCGACGAAAACCGAUUUUGAAGAGAUCAUAUUGGGAUGCCUAAGUGGAACCACUCGCGAUGCAUUUGAUCGAGUGGUUGUAGUGCAUAAUGUAGGUACUAUGGAUGUCACAAAAUUUGUAAAUGAAAUGAUGGAUAUAGAUGAUUGGAAACAAUUUUUUACCCUAAACAUGUUCCUACCUGCAAUUUUGAAUGCGUUGAUUAUGAAUUUGUUUGACUAUAGUACAAACACUAAGAAAGUGGUUAUCAAUAUUACAUCUUUGUAUGCUAUUCAAGCAAAUGUGGCCUGUGGUUAUCAUUGCUCAGCGAAGGCAGCACGAGAAAUGUAUUUUAAGGUCUUUGCUUUAGAAAAUCCUGAUGUCAACGUAUUAAAUUAUUCGCCGGGAAUCGUCGAUACAGAUAUGCUUCAAACAAUGUAUGAAACGAUCCCGAAUCCCAAAACUAAAAAAGAAUUGGAACAUUUGCAAGAAACUAAUACUGUACUGACUACAGAACAAACAGUUAAUCGUCUUGUGGAAAUUUUGAAAGAACAUAAGUACAAAGCGGGUGAUCAUGUGGACUAUUACAAUUAAAACAGCAGCGAUAGUAAUUACUAUAUCUUAAUCUUUAAAGAGAAAAAACAUAUAGAAGCGAGAUAAUAAUAAAAAAAAAAAUUUUUUUAAUGAAUAAAAUUAAAAAUUUUUUUUUGUGAAUAAGUUUAUUCUUUCUUAACUAAAUAAAACUUAAAACAAUAUUAAUAUAUUCUGUCUUUAAAAAUGAUGCAUUUUUAUGAAAGUAUAAAAUAAAUCAUUUCUAUAAAUAA